AACAUGGCAGGGAAAGGCCGCACCAUAUUCCUGCUGCGGCAACCAGCGUGUCCGAUCACUUAUUUGGGUUCUGGCCUCCCACCUCCUAAGCCAAUGGCCCCCCUUUCUUCUCGGCCCCAUCAGUUCGUCUGGCUGAGCGGAGGAUCGACCUAUGAUAGAGACGGCUGCUGCUGAUCAGAAAAUCACAGCAUGGCAUUGUGAUCAACCGCGCCAAUCUGCACAGUUCAGACUUGUUUUUCUUCCGGGGUUUAACCUGCCUAAAAUAGACAUGACGGCCGUUGUUUGAAAGUCGGAAUCGCGCUUCUGCUGCUGCAUUGGUGUGGGGUGAUUUUGUUCCUGUUUAUGCAAACUAGCGAUCGAAAUAACGGAGUGGUUGGGGGAAAACAAAAAAAGCGAUUGGGGUGAGUAUCUACCCCCGGUUUCCUAGAGCAUUAUGGAGUAAUGGCAUCGUUAUUCAGCCUCUCUCCCUUUCCCCUUUCCUCUCCCCCUCUCUUUCCCUCUCCCUUGUUCUGUGUUUGGGAUGGGAAACUAGGGAUGAGUGCCAGACAUUGUGUGCAUUAGUGGGUCGGGAGCCAUGGUUCUGGUCCUGUAUGUGCCUCG